UUAGUCUAUCGGUCUUCUGCUGACCCAUUGUGGACUGCUGAACGGCGAUCAAACCAACUAUGGCGAGGCCGUCGGCGAUUCUCUCUCUGCUGAUCUUCCCAACUCUCUUUCUCUUGGCUGAAUCGAGCAGCGACACGAACCACGUGUUCUCGCCGUGCGCCGAUACGACGGUACAGAAGUCCGACGGCUUCACCUUCGGAAUCGUAUUCGCGGCGAGGAACGCUACCUUCAUCAACGACAGCAAAAACAAAGAUGUCCAGCUGUCUCCCUGCGACCGCCGCCUCUCCCUCAACAACGCUCAGCUCGCUGUCUUCCGACCUAAAGUCGACGAGAUCUCGCUUCUCACCGUCAACACCUCCAGCUUCUUCCCGGACUCUGUUGGAGGGUAUAUGGUGGCAUUUGCUGGUAGGAAAUAUGCUGCUAGGUCUCCCCCAGCUUUUGUUGCUAACGGGAGUUACAUCGUGUCAAGCUUUACCCUGGUUUUUGAAUUCAAAAAGGGCAGACUGCAAAACCUGUACUGGAAGAGGGAUGGGUGUGCAUCGUGCAAAGGCAGCUCAGGCUUCACAUGCCUCAAUGGUCAAGAUUGUGCUAUGAAGACCAAUUCCUGCAAGAACCGAGGUGGGAAUGUAGACUGUAGCCUUGGAAUACAACUGACAUUCUCCGGCACUGAUAAGCACGAGUCGGUUUUCAACUCGUGGUAUGAAGUGAAGAACCUCCGGCAGUACUCCCUUUAUAGCGUCUAUUCUAAUCUCAAGGAUUCCCUCACCAGUCAGUACAACAAAUUCUUCUAAUCUGUGUUUUAUUCCCACAUGUGGAUAGAAUCGGUGAACAAAUUCUUAAACAUCCUUCAUUAUUUCUAUACACUCUGGUCCUUCGUUUGUAUGCAAAAAUAUGUAAAUCUCUUACUUUCUUCAAACUAUUAAACCUCUGUGUGGAUUGUGGAAAGAUGUUUUU